GCCCUUCCCCUCCAGCCCUGACAGUGCACAGAGCCUGGGAGCUGUAAUCCUGAGCUGGCUGGCUGGCUGCACGGUCCUGCCUGCCUGCCUGCUCCUCGCCGCCGGAGAGGAUGGGCUGCCCGGGGCUGCGGAGCACCUUCCCCAGCGCUUCCUAGGAAGGGACCAAAACAAAGACAGCUCCCUCCGUGACUAGCCAGCCCGGGUUGGGGUGGAUGCGAGCGACCAUGAAAGGCUGGGUCUCCUCCUUCUCCUCCUCUCGCUCUCCUGCCGUGGCUGCUGCUGCUGCUGCUUCUCCUGCCGCCGCUUCCCGAGAGCUGCUGGCUGCUGCUGAUGAUCAGAGGACUCCCGUGUAAAAGGAGGAGGAGGAGGAAGAAGAGGAAGAAGAGGCGGCGGAGGAGGAGGAGGAGGAGGAGGCGAGGCGUGCUCGGGCUGCCGCUGCCCAAAGGUGUCAAGGUGCUGGCGAGGCGAGGGGGGACAUGGCUUCUUCUCCGGCUUCGCUGGGGCCCCGCGGCCCUCGCCCACCCACCGUGCCUCCUCCCAUGCAGGAGCUGCCUGACCUGAGCCACCUGACGGAAGAGGAGAGGAACAUUAUUAUGGCUGUGAUGGACCGGCAGAAGGAAGAGGAAGAGAAGGAAGAGGCCAUGCUCAAAAGAUUGCACCAACAAUUUGAAAGUUACAAAGAGCAAGUCCGAAAAAUAGGUGAGGAAUCCCGACGUUACCAUGGAGACCACAAGGACGAUGCGCCAACAUGUGGAAUCUGUCACAAAACUAAGUUUGCCGAUGGUUGUGGCCAUUUUUGCUCCUACUGCCGGACAAAGUUUUGUGCCAGAUGUGGAGGACGUGUUUCUCUGCGAUCAAACAAUGUUAUGUGGGUAUGCAACUUAUGCCGAAAGCAACAAGAGAUCCUAACGAAAUCUGGAGCGUGGUUUUUUGGAAGUGGUCCUCAACAGCCACCCAGUCAGGACGGAGCUCUGAGUGAUACAGCUACUGGUGGCAGUUCAGAUGCACCUAGAGAAAAGAAAGCGAGACUUCAAGAACGGUCAAGAUCUCAAACACCCCUAAGCACAGCAGUCACCUCCUCACAGGAAAUAUCUUCUAGUGUGCAAACUGACAGGAGAAAAGGCACAGAGGUAUCCCAGCAAGCUAUGGGCCUGGAACAGAAGCAGACUUCAUCAAGGUCUAGAAGUGAACCCCCGGGAGAGAGGAAGAAGACACCCGCAGGGUCUGAACAGAAUGGGAAAGGAGGUGUAAAAGGUGAGCGCAAACGAGUGCCAAAAUCCUCACUCCAGCAGGGUGAAGGACAAAGAGAUGAGAGGGAAUGUAAAGAAAGACGUGAUGGUAGAAGAUUAGAGAAAGGGAGGUCUCAGGACUAUUCAGACUUCCCACACGAUUUUGAGGAAGGCAAAGCUAUAGAUGGAGAGAAGCAAAGGAAAGAAGAUGACUAUCACACUCGAUACAGGAGUGAUCCAAACCUGGCAAGGUAUCCCGUAAAGCCGCAUCCCGACGAGGAACAGAUGCGCAUGCAUGCAAAAGUUUCAAAAGCACGGCAUGAAAGAAGACACAGUGACGUUGCCUUGCCACACACAGAAGUUGAGGAGCCCGAGGUACUUGAGAAUAAACUAGGAAAGCACUCACAGGUGCAAGGAACUCAGGACAUAAAGUCUCGCCCGGAUACUCAGAGGGCGUACGCAAUAGAAAGAACAGGUGAUGUAAGGAUUUCUGUUUCUAAACAAUUAGCUAACCAUAGCCCACCAACUCCCAGGCAUAGCGUGGUUCCUACAGAGCACUUAGAAUCCAAAAAUCAUGACCCCUUUAAAACACAGAGUCGCCUAGAUCCUAGCUCUGCUAUUCUCAGUCGGAAAGCAAAGCGGGAGAAAAUGGAGACCAUGCUAAGGAAUGAUUCCCUUAGUUCUGACCAGUCAGAAUCAGUGCGGCCGUCUCCACCAAAGCCCCAUAGAUCGAAACGGGGUGGAAAGAAAAGACAAAUGUCAGUCAGCAGCUCUGAGGAAGAAGGAGCAUCAACACCUGAAUAUACCAGUUGUGAUGACGUGGAAAUAGAAAGUGAAAGUGUCAGUGAAAAAGGUGAUUUGGAUUAUUACUGGCUUGAUCCUGCCACGUGGCACAGUAGGGAGACAUCUCCUAUUAGCUCGCAUCCUGUAACGUGGCAACCAUCUAAAGAGGGAGAUCGCCUAAUUGGCCGUGUUAUUCUCAACAAGAGAACAACUAUGCCAAAAGAGUCAGGUGCAUUGCUGGGACUCAAAGUUGUAGGAGGAAAAAUGACUGAUUUAGGACGACUUGGUGCCUUCAUUACCAAAGUAAAGAAAGGUAGCUUGGCUGAUGUGGUGGGACAUCUAAGAGCAGGUGAUGAAGUUCUAGAAUGGAAUGGCAAACCGCUUCCUGGAGCUACAAACGAAGAAGUUUACAACAUUAUUUUAGAAUCAAAAUCAGAACCUCAAGUUGAAAUUAUUGUUUCAAGGCCUAUUGGUGACAUUCCAAGGAUUCCCGAGACUUCUCAUCCUCCACUAGAAUCUAGCUCUAGUUCAUUUGAAUCUCAAAAAAUGGAACGGCCGUCAAUUUCUGUUAUUUCCCCUACUAGUCCUGGAGCCCUAAAAGAUGCUCCACAGGUCCUGCCUGGGCAGCUCUCUGUAAAGCUUUGGUAUGAUAAAGUCGGGCAUCAGUUAAUAGUGAAUGUUCUUCAAGCAACAGACCUGCCACCCAGAAUAGAUGGACGCCCGAGAAAUCCUUAUGUAAAAAUGUAUUUCCUUCCGGACAGAAGUGAUAAGAGUAAGAGGAGGACCAAAACGGUAAAGAAAAGCUUAGAACCAAAAUGGAACCAAACUUUUCUCUAUUCCCACGUGCACCGUAGAGAUUUUAGAGAACGGAUGUUGGAGAUCACGGUCUGGGAUCAGCCCAGAGUGCAAGAAGAAGAAAGCGACUUUCUUGGGGAGAUCCUUAUAGAGCUGGAGACAGCACUUUUAGAUGAUGAACCACAUUGGUAUACGCUGCAGACGCAUGAUGAAUCCUCACUACCUCUGCCUCAGCCAUCACCUUUCAUGCCAAGGAGACAUGCCCAUGGUGGAGAAAGCUCUAGCAAAAAAUUACAAAGAUCUCAGCGAAUCAGUGAUAGUGACAUCUCAGAUUAUGAUGUUGAUGAUGGUAUUGGAGUAGUUCCUUCAGUAGGCUAUAGGUCUAGCACUAGAGAAAGUAAAUCUACAACGUUAACUGUGCCAGAACAGCAAAGAACAACCCAUCAUCGUUCACGAUCUGUAUCUCCUCACCGUGGUGACGAUCAGGGCAGGACCCGUUCUCGUUUACCAAAUGUGCCAUUACAGAGGAGUUUAGAUGAAAUUCAUCAAAUGAGAAGAUCACGUUCUCCAACUAGACACCAUGAUGCCUCCCGAAGCCCAGUUGACCGCAGGUCCAGAGAUAUGGAUAGUCAGUAUUUGUCAGAUCAAGAAAGUGAGCUUCUAAUGCUGCCCAGGGCAAAACGAGGAAGAAGUGCAGAGUGCCUACAUACCACCAGUGAACUGCAGCCCUCGCUUGACAGGGCUAGGAGUGCUAGUACCAACUGCUUGAGGCCUGAUACUAGUUUGCAUUCACCAGAACAAGAAAGCCCAUGGCAGCUUCCUGCAUAUGGUGCACAGGUGAUGUGAUUCAUUCUACAUGAACGUAAGCUGGCCAUUGGAGCACCACUGCCAACCCACAAAUGCUGGCCCACCAUAAACCUGAUUAUCAUAGGAACUAGAGGAGAGGAGAGGAGCAGAAGUUCAGCCAUCUCCACAGUGGCAAGAAUUCAGUUUCUGCACCCAACACCAUGCUUUCUCCAGGAAACCUUUGUGUGUGGAGGAUGCAAUCAGUACAUUGCUCUAUCAGUUUGUGCAGUUGCUACAUCAGCCUUUUAAACUCUUAGAACAACUGUACUUAUCGAAAAGGUGGAGAGAGUUCCCAGUUCCCUAUUGCCAGUUCCAGUGCCUCUGAUUAAUGUAAUUUAUGUAUAUCAGCUUCUUUUACAAUGCAAUCCUAUGCAUGCCUACAAAAAAAAAAAAGCUCCACUGAAUUCAUUGGGACUUACUCCCUGGUAAGUGUGUAUAGGAUUGAAGCCUAGAUCCCUUGUUUUCUUUUUGUGUGAAAAGUAAUAAACUAAGAAAAGUAAACCUGUAAUUAUAAAUGCCAGAAGUAGGAAAGCAGGUGCUGUGGCUAAAACAACACAAGGAUUACAGAGCAUGGUAAUAUAGAUAUAUUUAUGAAGAGGGGGGGAAGGGGGGCGUUGUGCUGGGACUGACUCUGCUGCCAGUCACAGUAGAUGAGAUUUUCUAGAUCAUGGAUACCCAAUGUGGUCCUUCCAGGUGUUGGACUACAACUCCCAUCAGCCCCAGGCAGCAUGGCCAGUGCUCAGGGAUGGUGGGAGUUGGAGUUUAACAGCAACUGGAGUGCGCCACAGAGGCUCCCCCUGUCUAGAGGAACGCAUAUACAGGUAUUUGUACACCAUGGGCUGUGGGAGAAAUAGACUAUUUCAAAGACAUGUUUUGCAUCUAGCAGUGUAACAUGGUGCUUAAAUUCCAUCCACACUCAGAGGUCAUUCAAUAUUUUUCAUUUGAUUGAAUAAACAAAAACCCUAUGGCUAACCAAAUAUUUCGCAUUUAAUCUGGUACCAGUUAAAACUUCAUUAAGAAUGCAUAUUGGGUUUUAAAAGGCACUGAUACAAUUCCUGCCAUCAGUUACCUCUAUGAUACCAUUAUUUUACUGAUUUGUUUGUUUUUUAAAGUCAUAGUACUACAGUACUGUGUAAAGCACAAUAGUACAGCUAUGCAAAUGUGUCUGAAAUGGGACUCUAAAUUCAAGCUAGAUAACGAUUGCACUUUUUUUUAAAAAAACCCUCAAAUAAAAAGUAAACAUUGACUUUUUGGGGUACUUUUCAGUUUCCUUGCCACAAAAAAAGCUUUAAAAAAAAAUAUUAUACGCUAAAUGUUCUGUUUUCUCCCUAUUUUGUUGGAUGAACAAACAGAGGUAGAUGGUCCCCCUCACUAGAUAGGAGACGACCCACUAGCCCCCGGAUUCAAAUCCAACAUGCAUCUCCGGAGGAUGACAGGUACUAGCCAGCUCCUCCUAAGUGAAAAGUGACUUGAUGAAUCUUGCCGAGAAGUUUCUAAAGGCAUGUAUUUUUUAAAAAAUAAUAAUUACAUUUUCCAGGAAUCUAGGAUACGACACAAGAAAGCAUUUCAUACCUGAAUUCUACUCAAUUAUUAUAAAGCACCUCUGAUGUCCUUGAAGUCAAAUGCUGAAAAAUUUGCUGCCUAGUUGACAAAUUAGCCUUGCCCAGCGUGGUGGGCUGCCCAUGGGGUUGGGUGGGGAAGAGGAUAUCAAUGAUUCAUACAAGUGCCCCUCCUCUGUGUCAUCAGGACACAGACAUCCAAAACCAUGAAGCCUUCUGUUUCGAGCCAGCAUAUUUUUCAAUCCCAGAUACAGGGUUUCCAGCAUGAAGGUGAAGUACAUAUAUGAGGGAAGGAACCAGAAUGGUUCUGGUGAUAAUAAGCAGUAACAAAUUUUACAGUAGCCCAGUAGAUACUGGAGUUGAGAUGAGUUGUUUGGGUUUUCAUGCUGUGUAACAACAAAUCACUUCUUUCUCUUUAGCCCCUGGUAGUCUCAAUUGCAGGGAAAAUUCCACACACUGUCUCUCAUCUCUCAACAGCAAGUGGGCAGCCAUAUUCUGAAUUGUAAAUUGGUGCUUUAUAACCCUCUUGAGCUGCAAUCGUUAACACAGCUUACUAGGGAGUAAGCCCCACUGAACAACAGUGGGACUUGCCAACUGGGCAAACUUCCACAGGUUUGCACUGCCAUGUAUUGAAUUCAGCAGGCAGCGAGAGGGGUUCAGAGUGCCUCGAGGCCACAACCCAAUACGGUUAGGCAACCUUCGGCUCAUUUAAAAAAGUGAUCUUAUGUCUGCCUAACAGCCCGUUAAACUGUGGCCUGUGGGCAGCUUUCGAAAAGGCACAGGCGGUUCAGUUCACCACAGUAUAACUUACUUUGUGCAAUUGGUGUAUUUAAUCUUCCCAUAACUAAAAAUCCCAAGGGCAAGAUAGCAAUCGCCACACAAUUCCAGUGCUUGGGGAUUUCUCUUUAUAUGCUGAUUGGCCAAAUGUGAUAUAUAUUUGGUGGUGGUGGUUGUUUUUGUUAUGGUUUUCUUAUUUGAAUCUUAGUGUCAUGUUGUUCUUAGAUUAUAAGCAUUUUCUCUUUCAUUGCUUGUAACAGGUCCUCUGUAUAUGUGCAUGUAUUAAGUCAGUGAACCAUAGCUUUACAGCAUUCCCAUUCAUAUUAAUGCAAAAAUUACUAGUAUUUGUAACUGCACAUGAAAUAAUUUUAUCAAAGAAAUGAUAAAUAUAUGUGUGUAUGUAUACAAAAGCUGGAGAUUCACGUUUUUAAAACUGUGAUCUACUGAUUUGCAGUUGCUCAUAGAAAUGCAGCCUAAGGCUGUUUUCUUUAACAAAGACAGGGAAAUAGUUAAUAAAGCUGGCAUCAGAAUAAUUUUGCUGUACACCCAGUAUUAUAAAUUGGUUCAGUUAUCUAUCUGCAGUAGAUAACUGGAAUUCUUUCUCUCUCAAAGUACUGCAGUUACUGAAAACAACAAUCAAUAAUAUCGAUUCUCGGUAGUGGCACCCACCCUGUGGAAUGCCCUCCCACUAGGGGUCAAAGAGAACAACAACUACCAGACCUUUAGAAGGCAUCUCAAGGCAGCCCUAUUUAGGGAAGCUUUUAAUGUUUGAUGGAUUUCUGUAUUUUAGUAUUUUGUUGGAAGCUGCCCAGAGUGGCUGGGGGAAUACGGCCAGAUGGGUGGGGUAUAAAUAAUAAAUUAUUAUUAUUAUUAUUAUUAUUAUUAUUAUUAUUAUUAUUAUUACUAUAUAUGGCACUCUUAGGUCAAAUAUUUUGACCAAUAUUUAUUUCUACAAAUCCAAACACUAACUUUGCAAACAUUCACCUCAAGGGGACAAAUUUGGUUCUGUUAUCAGCCAGCCAAACUUUUGUUUAUUCACCACAGAUGUACAAUUUUUUAUUAUUUCUGUCUUUAUCAUUUAUUAAUGUUUUCUGUUACAAUUGUUGCAACGUCACAUUUUUUUAAAACAAAACAAAACACCUCCUAUUUCUGAAACACUGAAAAGGAGAGAUCAGAAAUGUUGCUUGGACGUACUACAACAAGAAUGUUCUUGGUUCAUAGAAAUAUCUUGAUGCAUGUAUCCAUCUUCACUGCAUGUGACCACCUCUCUGUUUCUGUCUGUUUCUGUCCAUUCUGUUCAACUUUCACUUCCAUGUUUCCAAAUCUUGUGAAGAACAACAGCGCUGGAGUCUUGCAUUCCAAAACAAGACAGCUUAAACCUCCUAAGUGCUAACCCGGAAGAAACACAGAGGUAUCCUUGCUAAGUUGUCUUGAAACUCCCUGUGCAUAAAAUACCAAGUAGUGUUUGAUAAGUCAUACCUUCGUAGCUCUAUGUCACGCCAGUCUUAUUUAGCGUGAUUUCCCAUUCCCUUGAAUAAUGUUGAAUUUUGGGGGGUGGGGCAGAGUUAUAAUACAUUUUAACUCUGCAUUAAAUUAUUUUUAUUGUGCUAUAUUUUUACCUGGAGACCAUUUCUGGGCAGGGCAAGAGAACUUCUGGGUUAUGGACUUCUGCUGUUUAGUUCAAGGAAGCAGGAAAUACACACACACACACACACGUAUAUAUUAUAUAUAUUUAAUGUGUAAAGUCAUCAUAUAUGAACUGCAGUCUUAAAAACUAUGCGGCAUAACAAAAUGGACCUGGGAUGAAGGAUAAGGAACCACCACUAACUAGUCAUGCAUGUUACAUGAUGGGAAGCCGGCUUCAUAUCACCCUGAGCGAUAAGGCAACCUAACAAGCGUGUAGCUACCCCAAAGGUGAAUCCCAGGAAAUACAAGAUCUUUAACUAUAGUGAGUCUGAGACACCAACCUAAGGCAUGACAGGGCUAGUUAUGAAGAGUUUGGUCUUUUUACGUCUCUUGAGACAUGGCGGAUUAAAGUCAGUGUUUGCUCAGUAAAGAUGUUACCAUAGCUUAGGGCUCUUGAUUUUCAAAGUCAGUCUUAAUUAGUUAGAUGAUCUGAUGGACAUAAAAUAAGCAGGGCCUGUGUCUUCGGCCCAAAUAAUUGUUUAAAAGUGUUCCAAGCUUCCAAACCCUGCAUUUUUUCUUCUUCUCCAUAUAUGCCAAUGGCAGACUUUAUUGCUCUGGUUUGAGAUUAAAGGAGAAGGGAAUGUUUUAGAUCAGUGACAAAGUAAUGUUUAUGUUGUUCUGGAUACCAGUGCCUAAUACAGACCCCAUUGAGCCUAGAAGAAUGAAGUACUUAAAAAGCAAACUCUAGUUAGUCCAAUUAUUCAUAUAUAUUUUAUAUAUUUCUACAUUAAAAAAAUCUGUACCACCCUUCAUCCGAGGAUCACAGGGCAGAUUACAAUAUAAAAACACAAAAAUACAUAACAUAGUAACAAGCAAAAAUACCUUGCCCCCAGUUUAAAAGGCCAAUUGUUGUUUAAUUAACCAAAGGCUUGGGAGAAGAAUGUUUUCACCUGGUAACCAAAGGUUUGUAGCAAGCCUCCCUCGGGAGAACAUUCCACAAACGAGGAGCCAUUGUUUCCACCCUCUGGACCUCUUGUGGAAGGAGGCAUGUGAAGUAGAGCCUCAGAUGAUGAUCACAGGAUCUGGGUCGGUUCAUAUGGGAAGAGGCACUCCUUGAGGUACUGCAGUCCUGAGCUGUUUACAUGGGCGUAGGCAGGGGGGCAGGAGGGGGCAAU